AUGAUUACACGGCUCGCGAGGCCCAGAGCGUCCUCCCUUGCCGUACCAAAGCCGAACUUCCGCCGCCGAACGCUGUCAACGUCUACCAUCCUACGGACUGGCUCGAAACGAACUUCCGACUUCACCUCCGGCUUCUCGAGCAGCUAUGAUCCGAACGAAGAAGGACGAGGGCCCAUGUUCGAUAACAAGAGUUCCUUUGGCGUUCCUCAGUUCUAUCCACGAGAUCUGAAGAAGCGUGUAGACGAGUACGUCGUUGGACAAGACCGGGCGAAGAAGACAAUAUCUUCUGUCAUCUUCAAUCACUACCAGAAUGUCCGUAGGCGGCAACAUGAAGAGGAGAGGGCAAUCAAAAGAGAGGAGAAGAUCAUGCGCCAGACUAUUGCGCGUGACAGGAAUACGAGAGAGCGGGACACUCAUCCUGUUGAAGGUUGGCACCAUCCGACACUCACCUCCCGCCAGCACGAUAACGUUGACAUACCCGAAGACGAUUACCCUGGACACCACGAUUCCAUACAGCAUAUGCACCAAUCGUGGCAACAAACCGAGCAACCUGUUGACUUUUACAUACCCGAAGAUGAAGGCCAUACACCAGCGGUUAAGAUUGAUAAGAGUAACAUUUUACUCAUCGGCCCCACUGGAGUGGGCAAGACAUAUAUACUCGAAACACUGAGUAAAAAGAUCAAUGUUCCCUUCACAAUAUGUGAUUGCAAUUCGUUCACACAAGCCGGAUACAUAGGCCAGGAUGUCGAGACAUGUAUCGAGCGCUUGCUAAUAGAGUCGAAUUAUGACGUGAGAGCAACCGAGCAUGGCAUUGUUGUGCUCGAUGAAUUCGACAAGAUUGCGAGGCGCGAAACUACGAAUGGGAGAGAUGUCGGCGGUGAAGGAGUGCAGCAAGCGCUCCUGAAGCUCAUCGAAGGCACAAAGGUCACGGUGAACGUGAAAGACAACCGCUCGUCUUCCUCCUCACGAUCGGCAAGUCCCAUAAUAACGAACUAUACUGGACCCGGUUCUUCCUCCUCUAGUUCGGGACCUCAAUCAGCGCCGCCUCCAUCAGGCAAGGUGGACCAAUACACUAUCGACACCUGCAACAUCCUGUUCGUCAUGUGCGGUGCUUUCGUUGGGCUAGACAAGGUGAUUCUCAACCGGGUAUCGAAACCAGCAAUGGGCUUUGGAUCCGAGUUACGGAAUCGAUCAACGUCUAGCAACAAACCCGACCUACCACCAAAACUGUUCAAUCACCUACCUCACCGACCCCCAAACGCUGAAAAUGCAUCAGCUCUCACGGCUCUUGACCUCACAGCCCCAGAAGACCUACAGGGUUUCGGUUUCAUCCCAGAACUCAUCGGUCGUGUACAUAACAUCGUGGCCCUCUCACCACUCUCGCAAUCCGACCUCCUCCGCAUCCUCACCGAGCCUCGAAACUCACUUGUGGCGCAAUACACGGCGCUGUUCGAGACCUACCCCUCCACCCUCUACUUCACGCAGAAGGCCUUGCUGGCCAUUGCGGAACGGGCAGAAAAGGCUCGAACGGGGGCCCGGGGACUGAAGAUGGAGAUGGAGCGGGUGCUGGCCGAAGCCAUGUUCGAUGCGCCAAUACACUAUGUGCUCGUAACGGAGAAGGCCGUCCGAGGCGAGGAGAAAGUCGGGUACUGGGGCAAAGGCGGGCGCUUUGAGGUCGAGCGUCGUAUCCGCGAGGAAGAUGGUCUCGCCAGGGUUCCCGGACAAGAAAAGGACGGCCGCGAGAUCGUGAAUAGUCUUGGACAAUAUCGGGAGGCAGGGCAGAGUGGCGCGUGA